CGGUGGCGCGCUUUUCUCCGGCGUGUUCGGGACGUGAGCACACUGAACUGAGGUGAACUGCGGCCUGCGCGCGCUAAGUGAGUGUUCGUGUGAAAACAGAACGCGGGGAGACGCACAGUUUCAUCAUGGCGAGAUACAUGAGACCUCCAAACACCUCACUGUUCAUCAGAAACAUCUCUGACGAGAGCAGGCCAGAGGAUUUGCGUCGUGAGUUUGGUCGUUACGGACCUAUAGUAGAUGUCUACAUUCCUGUUGACUUCUAUUCACGACGACCAAGAGGAUUUGCAUACGUACAGUUCGAGGAUGUGCGAGACGCAGAAGACGCCCAGCAUAACCUGGAUAGAAAGUGGGUCUGCGGACGGCAGAUCGAGAUUCAGUUUGCUCAAGGAGACCGAAAGACUCCCGGUCAGAUGAAAACGAAAGAGGAUCACUCUCCUCGUGACUCGCGAUACGACGACGACGACAGAGACAGCCGCCUCAGACGAUCACGCAGCCGCAGUUACGGCAGGAGAAGAUCUCGCAGUCCGUCUUAUGAUCGACGUGGACGCAGGUCAGGAAGCCCCAGAGACUCUCGGGCUGGCAGACAUCGCAGGAGCAGAAGUCGAGAUAAUGACAGGCACAGGUCACGUGAUCACAGCCGUCGGCACCAUCGCUCAGCAUCACACUCUCCUUCCCAGGAUGCCAAGUACAAGUCCAAGAGCCGCAGAACAGGAUCCCAUUCCAAAAGCCCCAGCCCCCCCACAGAAGACGUGCACUCGUCCGCCACCCACCCCGAGGAGGAGAACCGUGGGCGUUCUGUCUCUCGCUCCGCCUCACGUUCACGCUCCAGAUCGUGGGCCGGGCGAAAGUCUGGAGGCCGUUAAUGCAUCUGAAUAUCACGUUCUGCUUUUAUAUACUGUAUCAUGUGCAGCUCGUCUCAGUGUGUGUGUUUACUGAACCCGUCAUGCAGCUCAUCUGUUUGUUUUUUGGAUUUAGAUUUUCACAAGUUGUUCUUUAGUCUCACAUUUAAAACGAUUGAUGCAACUUGCAAGAACAUGAAAGGUUUAUAUUUUCAAAGACAGUUUUAGGUAUAAACUUGUUCCCUUCUCACUUUGAUCCAAUAUAAAGAUGUUUUUUUAUUUUUGUAGGUCGAGUAAACAGAUGCAUCAGCAACAGAUUUUUUUCGCUGUUUGUCUUUUGAUUUUGGUUUUAAAGAUUUAUUUGGCGUUUGCUCUGAAAGACCAGUGUCACUCUUUGUCUCCUGAAAGGUUACGAUGUAUUUGAUACUUUGUCAUACUGUUGGCAUUAGCAUCUGUUUAUUGUAAUAUUUUGUCAUUGAAAAUUAAACAUGAGUCUGAGUGA